UAUACACUUCGUAUUUCUAAUUUCUAGUGUAAGCUAACGCUAAGCAUCGCGUGUAAGCAUUCUAAAAGUUCCUUGUUCAAUAACGUAAACUACUUUUGAUUACUAUGGCGGAUUCAACAGUUUCCGAUGUGACUAAGAUGAAAGUUGUUGAACUACGUAAAGAAUUAAAAUCACGUGGACUUUCAUACGCCGGCGACAAAGCAGAGUUAAUCGCUAGACUACAAGCUGCAAUUAUAUCUCAAGAUGAACACACCGACAUCAACUUUGAAUUUGACGAAAUGGACUCGGACGGAGUUUUUGAAGACGA